UUGCGAUUUUAUUUCUUAACAACUCCAACUAGAGCUAUUAGUGGGAAAAAAACCCCGUUUGAUGAUGUCACACGCAUUAAUUCUGCCCUUUUCCAGAUAUGCGGCAUACUGAACUUCUGCGAAGACGGUCGUCAUCAAUUCGGUCAAGGGGUCAUUACAUACGCAAGCGGGGAAAUUGUCAACUGGCUAACGACCUUGUCAGAUUCCUUCAGAGUUGCUGACGAUAUGGGUAAAUUGCGUCUUCAGUUCAAGCUCUUUCAUAAGCCCCUUUUCGGUUGGAAGGGUUCAUUUGUUGUCACGCAGGUUGCUGCAGAACGAAACGUAUCGUAUGACCACGGGAUGGAAGGGUCAAUAGCCGAAGAUUGUUUCUUUUCUAUGAUCGCGAUGAAACACGGGUAUACAUUUGAUUUCAUAGAAGGUGAAAUGCACGAGAAAAGUCCAUUUACGAUGUGGGAUUUUCUGCAGCAACGGAAACGAUGGCUACAGGGAAUCCUACUAACGGUCCACUCACCACGAAUUGCACUUACACACAAGGCGCUCCUUGCAUUUUCCUUGUACGCAUGGGCAACGAUGCCAUUGACUUCUCUUCAAGUAUUUCUUUGUCCGCUCUUCCCCCUUCCUCGUUGUUUGCCGUUCGAUUUCGCUCUUUCGUUUGUCGGUGCUGUAAAUUUAUACAUGUAUAUAUUCGGAGUAGUGAAGUCAUUUUCGCAUAAAUACAGGAACAGCGCUUUUCGACUGAUGCUCUAUUUAUUGGGAGCGCUGAUGACGAUACCAUUUAAUGUCAUCAUUGAAAACGCAGCAGUACUGGUUGGAAUGUGUGGUCGAAAAGAUCAGUUCUACAUUGUUAACAAAGAUAUUCAAACCGUAUAG